UUUUAUGUAAUUAGUUGUCAAAGAGGAGCUGUCAAGCAAGUUUUCAAUAAAAGUGCGGUAAGAUAUUGUGAGAGAAAUGGUGUAAAUUUUGGAUAUUGCUAAGUUGUCCACCGCUGUUCAGAUAUUUAUUGAAGGAAAGAUCUAAUGCAAUGGCCAGUAUCGGAUUCAGAUGGUUAGAUAUUUUAGAAAAGGAGUUCGAUAAAGCCUUUGUCGAACUAGAUCUGACAGUUGGUGAUUGGGAAUCAGAAGAGCCUGAUGCAGGUUUCAAUAUCAGACAAAAAUUAUGCACGUUAAGUUCCUGCUUUGCCCAACUGACGCAUAAAGCACAAACAAUAUUUCAAAACAGCGCCAAAAUAGAGGCUGAGCUAAUUCACAUGAGAGCGGAGCUUGUAGAGUCAAAAUCCAAAAGGGAAGUUCUAGAGCAGGAAUUGCACAAUUUGCUUCUGCAACUGCAUUCAGCCCAGCUUUCAAAUUUGCCCGAUAGCCUGGACGGUAAAAAGCAAGAUCCAUACUUCAAACCUGAUGUGAAUAAUAUUAGAAAAAAAUUAGAAGCAGAAUUAAGGAUAAGUCCUAUACAUAUUAGUAAACAAUUGUUUUCAGAUGGCAUUGAAACAGACGAAAUAAAACUUAGUCCUACCUUAAUAGAUAAUGCUCAAAGUCGAAUAGAGAAUGCUCAACUCAUGAGCGAGAAUGCCUCACUACGAAACUCCAUAUUAGCUUUGAAUAGUGAGGUGUAUGGAGCGAAGCUUGCUGCUAAGUAUUUAGACAAGGAACUUGCCGGCAGGAUACAACAGCUGCAGCUUUUAGGUAGGGAAAUGCGAGGUGAAGUUAGAGAUAAACUUUGGCGACAGCUAGAAUCUGAAAUAUUACUUCAAAGGCAUAAAACCGUAGUUAGGGCUUGCAGACGAAAUUGCAUAUUGAACGGUUCUGAAAAGAGUUGUCCAAAACCGGCGGUACCCUCAUCAGAAGGUGGUUCGAUAGGAGACAAUAAUGUGGAACAGUUUGGAGAAAUUAGGACGGUGGUCGUCAAGAGGAAACCAGGACAGGGCCUUGGAAUAAGUAUUACUGGUGGUAGAGAGCAUGGUGUACCUAUCUUGAUCUCUGAACUGGAGGCCAGAGGGCCAGCAGCUUUAACAGAAAAACUCUUCAUCGGUGACGCCAUACUUUUUGUUAACGAUAAAGACCUUAGACAGGCUUGCCAUAAAGAAGCAGUAGACAUUCUGCAACAGCAAUUGGGCGAUUGUGUGCUUCAAGUACAAUACAUUGCUGCUGAUGAUAGUGAUAAUUCAAUAGAAGAGGAUAGUUAUAACUUUAGGUUUUUUGAUAAUUUGGAUAGCAACGGAGGCACCACUACAACCACGUCAAAUGUUAUUGAUGUUUUAAACACUCCGACUGCACCUAGAACUCCAGAAUCGAGUGUUAGUCGAGGGGACAUAGAUACGAAAAUAAAUAAUAACGAAAUAUCUGUAGAAAUAAACCAGAACGCACUUGAGAAAGAUACACAAAACUCCACAGUAGUUCCGAAAAUGCCCGAUAACAAAGAUUUGAUUGAAUUUAAUAAGAAUUCCAAUUUUUUGAACAAAAUAAUACCCUUCAUAAACAAGGAUGAUAUUUCAGUUAUUAGUGAUAUUUUACUAGCAGAUAAUAGUAAAGAUCUUAUUCGGUUUGAAGAUGUUAAAACGACAAAUGAUAAUAAUGAUAAUGAUAAUUUCAACUCAUCUUUGAAUUCUUUAACAUCCGAUAAUUUUUCCUCACCAAUGCAAACAAGUACAGAUAUGAUUUUGGAUUCGGAAGUACUGUCCACAGAUAUUGCAUCUAACGACUCCCAAUCUCCAAAAAAUAUACAACCUGAAAUUCCCAAAAACAAAAAUUUCAGUUACAUCGCAAAUUUUGCUAAUGUGAAUGCAUCAACUGAAUCUUUAUGUAAUCCGAAAAGCGAUCAAAGUCUUUUAAAUUCUGAUGACAGUUGUGAUAGCUCUCCGCUGCAUAAAAACAAAAGAGGAUAUAGAAAACAAAGAAAACACAAGAAAAAAUAUUUUGGAGUUAAAACACUCCAAAGCAUAUUUAAUAAACACGAUGGAUAUUCAGAUGUCUCGACCACGGCUUCUGAUUACGAGGAGGAUAAAGAAAAAGCAACAGCUUUGGAAGUACAAAAUUUCCCCCUGGAGAAGACAGAGGAAGAAGUAGAAAACACUACCGUCUAUAAAUGCAAAGCAAUUUAUUCCGAUACAAGUCCACAAUUUGAGGAAAAUGUUCACAAUAUCCUGUCCGAUAUUUUUAUUAAAAACUUUCCCAAUACAAAUGUUGAAACUGUGGUUCCCAGUAUUCAAAAACCGAUUGGCAACAAAAAGUACUUCAGCUUGCAUGGGCAGAAUUUGCGAGUAGGCAAAGCAUUGAGGUUGUGUCCAAAUGAGAAUAUCGAUUUAGGUAACGAGCAGAGGAAGGAGAAAUUGCUGGCAAGGUACGUUUAUAAUUCAAAUGCAAACUGCGGGGAUGGAGUAGGAGAUCCGUUCUUUGGUACUCCUGUGUAAAAAUGAAUUAGGAUAGAUAAGGCUCAAUAUAAUCGCUUUAUUAUAAGAAAACUCGGGAUAUCUGAUCAAUUCUGAGAUUUAUUUUAUUCUUUUCAACUCCUAUAAUUUCACUUAGUUUUCAUUAUUUCUAGUUUCAUCAGUAUAGGUUGUUGAAUGCGAUCAAUUUUAUUUAAAUAUUGAAUAAAGUCUAUACAUAUAAUGAAGCAAUAUAAACUAUGAGUAUGUACAUUUAAUAAAUUUCUCAAAAAAUAAGUGUUGGCAAUUAAGAAGAGUACUAAAAUUGCUUUUUUUUUUCAAAUUUUGGUUUCUUUAUGCAUAUGCUAAUCUCCAACAGAUUUUGUUGUGGUUUCCAUUAUUAGAUUGAGUUCAGCCUGGAUAUCAUUUAUGCUUUGUUCCAUUGGUUGCCAUCAUUAGUAAACUAUAUACAGGGUGUUCCUGAAUUGGAGGUACAAAGGAAAAUGAAAGAUUCCUUGGAUAAUUUAAAGAAAAAAAGUCCUAUAAACAUGGGUCCCCAAACGCUUUGUUAUCGAAUACAGAGGGUGCCUCUUGUAGUGCUAUUUUUUUUGUGAUGAUUAUAUUAUACUACUUUAUGGAAUCUUAAUAAAUCUUCGCUACAGAACGGGUAAAUAAGUACCAAAACUUAUAAUUAAUUUAUUCAUCACAGUUUACUAACUGGAUCUUUAUAAUAAUUGGGAUUCUCAUGUGGCUACUAGAGAAUUGAUGGAAAAUUUUUUCUAGAAAUCGGUAGCACAUACGACAAAUACACAAAAAACCAAAAUGUGUUGUACUGGACCAAAAUUUCGUUUUGCAUUUUUCUAAAUUUCCAAUAGUUCACCAAAAAUAAGUUCUGGAGGAAGGAAGCCUGCACUGUUCAGAAAAAUAUCACCCUGUAGAUUUGCAUUCAACAUAAUAUAUCACAUGAUAAUAAUAAUAAUAAUCUUUAUUGUUGACCCUUAAACAGCAAAA